UUGGUGACCUGCAUGGUCUCAGUUGUCUGUGUUUUGUACCAUGUAAAUGAGAACAAUCAGUGGCUCCUUCGUGUUAAUCUGGUCUGUCUAAAACCCAGUGAGACGACAGAAUCAGUCAUCUGAAUUGAUCUCAGGUAAUUGGAGGCUGAGGGAAGAGAAGCCAAUGGACCGUGCAAAGCAGAACCAACAGCUGCUACCGGUCUCCAGGUAUAAGGAAAGAAAAAGCCUGCUGACUUCAUGAGGGGGAAUCACUGUCUGUCAGGCACAAGAUCGGCUUCAGAGCUCCCGGCCUUACCUGCCAUCGAGUGGGAUUCUAACUUCCAGCAAGUAUUUUUCCGAGACCCACUUGAAUGCUUUUUUGACAUUUGACACGAUCGCAAUGUGAUUCGCCAAAUUAUUUGUCACUUGUUUUUCCUCUCUGCAGCAAUGCCGUCAGAUAAGCUUGUCCGGGGGUGGCUCUUUCUGUCGCUCGCGGUUGUUGGAAUACCCGGGAAUAUCGCGGUCAUUGUGGCCUUCCUCCUCCUGAUCCUCCAGGAGUGCUUCCUCCUCGCUGCGGAUGCCAUCGUCCUCCACCUGGCCUUCGCCAACCUGCUGGUGGUGCUCGUACGCUGUCUGCUGGAGGCCCUGGCCUCCUUCCGCCUGGCCAACGUCUUCGGAGACGUUGGCUGCAAAGCCGUGAUUUUCAUCUACAGAACUUCCAGGGCCCUCUCUAUCUGGCUCACCUUUCUCCUGAGUGCGUACCAGUGUUUGAGCAUCGCCCCUCCUGGAUCAAGCUGGGCCUCCGCCCGUGUGUUAGUUGCCCAGAACCUGCCCGCCGUGUUCUUCAUCCUCUGGGUGCUCCACACCAGCAUGAGCGUAGGGGCCGUACUGUUCUCUGUGAGCUCCAGGAAUUACACCGCGAUGACGACGAGCGCCGUCAAUGCAGAGUUCUGCUACGUGAACUUCCGCUCAGACGUCCUCAAAGAGGCCUACGGGGCAAUACAAGUGAGCAGAGACGUGGUCCCCAUGGCCCUCAUGACUCUAACCAGCCUGAUCAUUCUGGUUCUCCUUUACAAGCACAGCCAGCACCUCAAGGGGCUCCGUGGCUCUGGCAGUGCUGGUGCGGGGAGCAGCGGGGCCGAGCAACGGGCCGCCAAGGUGGUGGUCGUGCUCGUGACCGUCUACGUGGUCCUGUACGGGGUCGACAACGGGUUUUGGGUGUACACGCUCACUGUGAGGAACACGCUGAGCUCGUCGCUGAUCUCCGACCUGCGCGUGUUCUUCGCCUCGCUGUACGCGGCCCUGAGCCCUCUGGUCAUCAUCGCGUCUAACAGGAAGGUGAACGGCAGGCUGAGGUGCGUGGCACAGGAAAGGCCGCUGCUGGGGAAAACAGCUCGCCUGCGCUCCAUAUGAGGGCGACAGGGUAUGGCCGAUAAGACGCGCGGCUGAAGCUGAGAUGGAACGACUGUUCUCCAAUGUCUGGGUCACGUGUGGAUUGUUUUAGUUGAAAAGACUCUCUCUGAGAAAAAAUGGCAUUACUUUUAUCUUUGCUGCACUGCAAAAAUAGACCUAAAAAUAAGAAUUUUUUUCUUGAAGUUAUAGUAUUUU